AUGACUAUAAUAAAUUUGUUAUCUGAAAUCCGUACUUGUUUGUUUGAAAAAAUCGCUAAUACUGCCACUCUAACUAUUACCGAUUUAGAAGAUGUUAAUCUCAAUGCUUUUCGAACUAUGCUAAAUGUUGAUUUUGAUUAUGUUUGCUGGAUUAAAGAAUCCACAGAAGAAUACUGGAUAAGAAUUCUUGAUGACCGCCUUUUAAAAUUUCUUUUCUCAACAUAUUACGUAAACAGUGAACGUAUUUUCAUUGUCUUUCGUUCUAAAGGACAACCCUCACCAAAUCUUUCUAUUGACGAUUGUUUUCAAAAGUUGUCAUUAUCGACAACUUCAGUAGAUAACGAUAUAGAACCAUUCACUGAAACUCCGCUGAAAGAAUUGGACUCGACGGAAAUUAUGAUUAUCGAAAACAUAGCAGUCAGCUGGUCUUUAUUUUCAGAUUUUAUAACAUCAAAGCUAGGUGAGGGUGUAAGCCUGCUCAACAUUUCUUUGUCUGCAGAAAAAGGAAUAGAGAGCCAAUCUGGUGUCGUUACAUUUUGCGUGGACAUAAAGGUGCUCCAUAAACAAGUUAUAAAUUUAAUAUCAUGCGAAAAUAAAAAACUGAUUCUUAUCACAUUUGUUUUCAAAGGUGCUGAUUGUUUGCUUGAACUGUUCACUUCCACCUGUGAAAAUAUAAUGAGCUACGAAAUUGAGCUGAAAAAGUUGCAUAAAGAAGACGAAUCUUUAUUUUACAAAAUCCAAAUCUUUGUCAACGAUCUUUUAACUUUUGACAGUUCCGAAGAUGCCAGAUCUCGCCUAGAUGAGAAUCCAACUGCUAAAAUCCUCUUCUCAGAUGUGUAUUUUAGUGUAGAAGAAAUCGAAUACCUUCUUAGUUUUCCUACCUCUUCGGGGCUUCCUGUUUCUAUACUUCUUAAUGUGGCACUGUCAGAUAAAAUUAACUCAUACCAGUUAUGUACAUCACAUGAUUUAGCACCACAACAAGUGUUUAAUGUACGAAAGGGUUUUCAAAAAGAAAAUGGUUUCAAAAAUAACUUGAAAAAAUUUGAAAAGACUGGAAAAAGAGGCGUGAUUUACAUUAAACUUUUGGUGGAGCUUCACCGUCUUACUAAGGUAAUGUUAGUAAUUUAA